AUGGUACCUCUACUGGACAUCAAAGAAAAAUAUCCAUUUCUAUUUGAUGAAAAAGAGGUAAGCUUAGACUAUAGUUUAGUCACACGUUCGUCACGCUACAUCUUUUAAAAGCUAAAAUGAGUGUUAAUUCUUAUCAAUUGAAUUCUAAAAACACUGGUCCAGUUUUGCUUUCUAGUUCUCUGUUGCUACAGAUCACAAGGAUGGACAUGGAUUGAAACCCAGGGGGUACUUGACCAAUUGGGUAGAGGUGCAGGGUUGCUGAGAGUUUGAAACCCUGUCCCUGUUUAGAACAAAAAAAUCCCUAGAAAAAUACAAAACCCUUAAUUUUAUUACCCUGUUUAAGAAAAAGGACACAUACACUGUUUAGGACAUGCAGAAUCGCGCAAAACUAUUAAGUGAUGUACAGAGUACCCUGUUUAUGGGAGAGUGGCGAAAACCAUAUCCUGUCUAGAGGCGCAUUUCCAUAUACAUGUAGGUUAUUACCCACCCCAGGAUUUUACUGCUUUCGUUAGGUUGGAAAGAACUAAAAAUAAAAAAUAUGUAAUGGUGAUAUAAAUAUGUUAAAUUCUUAUGGAUAAUUGUUUUGAUUACAAAUUUUCAGGUACGAAAUAAAUACUGCAGGCUAAUGGCUGAUGAAGAUGCAGCGACUGGCAUUGAAGAAAAAUUCUUAAAACUGGGUUCCAAAAUUAUUGAAUACAGCAAAAGAAAAAAUCUAAAAGGAUCGGAGCCACUUCUCGAUCUACUAAAGUGUGACUCUGAUGAUGAAGAGGAUAUUCCGCCCACGUCAGGUAAAUAACUUUUUUAAGGACACUACUGUAGAUUAAUUUGCAACAACAUCCUUUCUUUUAGUUAGUGUUUACAAAUAUAGGAUGUUACCUGGCCGCGCGGAGAUAUACGAAAUUUCUCUUUGAGUGUUGAAAAAUGUUUCACAAGUAAGCGCAGCGAACAAGUGAAAUAUUUUCAAACACCAUUAUGAUUAAAUAUAAACACCAAUGAAAUGCCAAACCAUUUCAAUCAAAUAUUUUUUGGCUGCAAAAGGCAAGAUUUGUUAUGUAGCGAUAGCACUAGUGAUCUUUUCAUAAUUAGGUGAAAAUAACAUGUUAUUUUCAUGUGUGAAGAUAUCAUGUUUUUCACACAAAAGCUCACCUGAUAUUUCACUGGUGUUUAUAUAAUAAAUUUCUAUAUCACUUUUAAUAACCCCUUCUCCUUUUUUUUUACUCUGACCCAUUACUACGGUUGGGGCAGAGGAAAACAAAACAGUUAAUGGGUGUUCCCCAUUAAGCUUACACAUUUUUGUCUCUUGUGAAACAAAAACUGAUCAGUUACUUUUAUGUCCAAUUUAUAUAGAGGACCAAGCACUCAUUGCCUUGUGUCUUUUGCCGAUGAUACUUGAAAGGGCACCGAAAAAUGGCCAGAGCCAAUGUGACUUUCUUUACCAGGUAAGAAAACAACAAUACAGUUAGUGUCAAUACCCUAUCUUUCUUGUUCAUAUAAAUGCCAUUACAAAUCAUAGUUGUAAGAUAUUACAUAAAGCUCGAUCUCUGCAUCUCCCUGAUGUUUGAAUUUUUCAUAGUUUUUACCUUCAUGUUAACAACCAUGAAUGUUCCAGUUGAGUGACACUUGCCAAAACUUAAAAUAAAUAAGCUUAACUUCAGAUUACGUACAAUAAUGCAUCAGUCAAUAUAGGUAAAGGUUGUUUGCUUACCACUACAACAUGCCUAGUAUCAGAGACAUACUUUUCGUCACUUACCGCAUUAUAAAGAAUAUUAGAAGGUUCAAAAUCAGCUUGCAAUAAAGUAUGAAGAUCAACGUAGAAUUUGCCAGAGAAUUUGCCAGCAUGCUUUACUCAGGCAAAAGUGUCAGCGGUUUCUACUGUGACCAGUGGAGGGGUCGUUUAAGGUGGCACGGAACUAUUUUGUUAAGCGCUUUGGUUAUAUUUUUUAAUCGCGUUUUGUGGCAGGAACGAUUCAAUUCGAUUUGUGAAAAUUCGGUUUUAAACAUAAAAUCUCAAAAAGUUUUUUACCUACACGAAAAUAAAUAACUGUUUCUUAAAUUUGCACUAUUCUUUGUUACGAUGGCAAAAUUCAUAGAAAUCGGUUAAAUCGUAGCAAUCGUAAAAAACAUAAAUAGGGUUCGGGCUACCUGAAGAAUUGGAUGAACAUACAGAACUUUCCAUGCAUUUCAAUGUUUAUUGCCAUUCAUCAUGCUGCAGUAGUUGAUAAAACACAUUUAGUGAAAGUGUUCUUUUGGCUUAUUUUUCCUCUUAGAAUGGUGAUGAAGCAAAGAAAAUUGCCCAUAGCGCAAGGGAGGGAAUGACGCCCUUUAUCAUCUUUGAGGGGCAACUGCAAGCCCCAGAUGACAUAUACCUUAGUGGGGAAAGGAAUCUCCUCUUAAAG